AUGGUUUCGGAUGACCUGGGUAGGAGAUAUGGUGUUCAAGAUCCAAAUAAUAAAAACAGUUUUACGUGCACUUUUUGUGGACAAGUUACGAAAGGAGGAGUAUACCACCUCAAAAUACACUUAAUUGGUGGUCAUAAAGACGCAAAGAAAUGCCCAAAUUGCUCGGAUCAUGUUCGAGAAGAAUGUAGGGCAUACAUGCAAAAGAAGGGUGAAACAAAGGCACAACAACAUAUGGAAGCAAAUUUUCGGAUGCAACAACAAGCUUAUGGAUAUGAGGGCAUUGAAAAUGAGGAGGAAGAUGUUAUUGAAGUAGGUGGUAGUAGCAAGAUGCCCCCUCCUAAAAAACCAAGAACAAAAGGUCAAAUUGAUAUGUACUAUACUCCUAACCCACAAGACGCAAUGAAAGGUAAGAAGAAGGAUGGGAAACAACAAACCAUCAAUGAAGUUUGUCGAAAGGACCUUAGAGAUAAAGUUUGUCGCCACAUUGGGAGAUGGUUUUUUGAUGCGGGCAUUCCUUUCAAUGCUGCGACGUAUGAUAGCUUCAAAAUUAUGAUUGAAGCUAUUGGACAAUUUGGUCCUGGGUUGAAACCACCAUCUAUGUAUGAGUUAAGAGUGUCUAUACUGAAUAACGAAGUAAAAGAUGUUCAAAAACAACUUUUGGAGCAUGAAGAAGAAUGGGCUGAAAAAGAUUGCUCUAUAUUAUCUGAUGGAUGGCGCGAUUCCGUGGUGCAAAAAGACAUCAUCAACUUCAUGGUGAACUCUCCAAAGGGUUUGGUAUUCAAGAGGUCACUUGAUGUUUCCGAUGUUUCAAAAGAUGCAGAUUUGUUGUUCCGUGUUCUUGAUAAAAUGGUAGAGGAAAUUGGUGAAAAGAAUGUGGUACAAGUGGUGACCGAUAAUGCAUCAGCGGAAGUUGUUGGAAGCUAA